CGUGGGUGGUCACCUUUCCUGCGGGCCGCAGCUAUGGCGGCCGGGCCUCCGCCGCUGGAACCCAGCGGUCUGCCGGUGUUCAGCGAGGAGGGCUUCGGGAAGAAAUUCCUGCGCAAGACCCGCGAGAACCCCCUGGUUCCCCUCGGCUGCCUCUGCACUGUUGGCGUCUUGACCUAUGGACUGAUCAGCUUCAAGAGAGGCAACAUCCGUCGGUCUCAGCAGAUGAUGCGGGCACGUGUCUUGGCCCAGGGCUUCACCUUCGUGGCCCUCCUGGGAGGAAUGGUGGUCACAGCCAUGAAAUCUAGAAAGUGAAGUCAUGCAAGAAAGAUGCUGCAGCUAUGGAUGAUGUGCUCAUGCCCCAGUUGUCAGUGUGGAUUCUGGUUGCAGAUGGAGUUUUCUUAGAGACAGUUGUGAUAUCUUGGUGGAGCCAGUGUCAGAGAAGCUGUGUUCCAGAGCACUGGAAACAAGGGUAAUACACCUCUGUGAUUAACCUGAAAUUUAGGUUGUGGUAUUUUUUAAAUCCCUGAGAUUUCAUCCUCCUGCAGUACUGGAGGCUGCAUUUCACCAAGGCUCUCCACCCUGGCAGACCUCUCAUAAAAUGGUGUCCUGUGGGUCAUGGUCUGCACUGAAGUAUGGCUUUAGUCAGGUGCUGCAUCAACAUUUGAGAAAUGAGCUGCCUGGUUAGGAAGGAACAGCUCUGAUCCUGGCUUGAUCCUGGCAGGACAUAGUUCAUAAGCAUCAGACCAGCUGUUUGGGGAGAAUAUGUAAUCUGUUUCAUUGCAACUGGUGAGUAAUAAAGUGAGUUGCAGCUGA